AUGCCUGUUGAUACCCAAAAUCAAUUCGAUGCCGAUGCCUUGACUCUGAACCGUUUCGUCAUGGCCAACACCCAUGACCACGACUUGGUCAUUCUCAUGAAUGCCAUUGCUACCUCCUGUAAGCUCAUCACUUCGGCCGUCCAACGUGCUGGUGUCGCCAAGUUGUACGGUUUGGCCGGAGAAGUCAACUCGACCGGUGAUGACCAAAAGAAGUUGGACGUCUUGAGUAAUGACAUGAUGAUCAACGCAUUGGUCAACUCGGGUGUCUGCGCUGUUUUGGUGUCGGAAGAAAAUGAGGAGCCAAUUAUUGUCCCACCUGGACGAUCCGGAAAAUUCUGCGUUGCCUUUGAUCCUUUGGACGGGUCGUCCAACAUUGACUGUAACGUCAGUGUCGGAACCAUCUUUUCUGUGUACGAACGCAGACCUGGAUCCAACGGAACCGUCGAGGACUUGUUGCGAAACGGAGGUUCGUGCUUGUGCGCCGGAUACGUCGCAUACUCGUCUGCCGUCGAAAUGGUCUUUACCUUCAAGGGCGGAGACGUUCACGGAUUCUGCUUGGACAGUACCAUCGGAGAAUUUGUCCACACUCGUAACAAGAUGGUUUUCCCAGAAGAUGGUGGCAAGAGAAUCUACUCUGCCAACGAGGGUAACUCGAUCCACUGGGACCAACCCAUCAAGGAUGCUGUCGAAUUGUUCAAGUCCGGUGAGAAGGCAUAUGCCGCCAGAUACGUCGGAUCCAUGGUUGCCGACAUUCACCGUACCAUCCUUUACGGAGGAAUCUACCUGUACCCCGCCGACAACAAGUCUCCCAAGGGUAAGCUUAGAUUGCUCUACGAAGGAAUCCCAAUGGCCAUGAUUAUCGAACAAGCCGGAGGAAUCGCGUCCACCGGUAUGUUUGAAGGAAAGAUUCAAAGUGUCAUUGACUUGGUGCCAGACGCCAUUCAUGCCAAGUGCCCCAUCAUCAUGGGUGGAAAGAGAGACGUUCAAGUGGUCUAUGACCAAUACAAGAAGGCCGGAGUAGAUGUCCCUACUUUGUAA